CGGUCCGGGGGAAGCCGUGCGAGAACCGUCACGUUAGAGCCCGGUUUCUUCUUGGCGGACAGGAAAGUAUGGACGACUUGAUACCGAGUUAAUAACAUGAAUUAAGAAGCGAUAUGCAUGGAGGCGGAGAGACUUAGAGAUGAAAAAUGGACUCAGAAAUCAAGGAGGAAAUUCCCGUGCAUGACGAAUACGUUUUAUGUGGCGGAGCUGAAACCUGCGUUCUGAAGUGUGGGCCCUGGACUGACCUGUUUAAUGAUCAGAGCGCCAGCAGACCUAAGCUGCUCAUUUUCAUUAUUCCUGGUAACCCAGGUUUGCCUGCCUUUUAUGUACCAUUUGCAAAGGCUUUGUACUCUUCAGUAAACAGACGCUUUCCAGUGUGGGUUAUCAGUCAUGCUGGGCAUGUUUUGGCUCCCCAAGACAAGAAGAUUCUUACAACCUCGGAUGAUCCAAAUGCUCAAGAAAUUAAGGACAUCUACGGACUCCGUGGUCAAAUAGAACACAAGAUAACUUUCCUGAGAACUCAUGUGCCAAAGGAAACGAAACUGGUGGUCAUUGGCCAUUCAGUAGGCUCCUAUAUUUCCCUUCAGAUUUUGAAGCAUGCCCCCGAGCUCCCAAUAAUUCGCUCCUUCCUGCUCUUUCCAACAAUUGAGAGACUAUCUGAGUCACCCAACGGCAGAAUCGCCACUCCGUUAUUAUGCUGGUUUCGAUAUGUUUUAAAUGUUUUUAGCUACUUGUUAUUUAAACCAUGUCCGGAGAAAAUCAAGUCCUGGUUGCUCAGGACGAGCUGUCAGAUAAUGAACCUGCAGGAUGAAUGUUCAGUCCAGAAUGUGUUGGAACCUUUCUGCCUUGUUAAUAUUGCCUAUCUCGGUGGCCAAGAAAUGAUGGAGAUAGUAAAGAGAGACAACGAAACCAUAAAGGAACAUUUGUCUAAGGUAAUCACUGUAAUACUGCAACUUACAUUCUACUAUGGUGCUAAAGAUGCUUGGUGUCCAAAAGAGUACUAUGAAGACAUAAAGAAAGACUUCCCAGAAGGAGAUAUUCGACUCUGUGAGAAAAAAAUACCUCAUGCUUUUAUCUUAUACUCUUACCAAGAAAUGGCCGACAUGGUGGCAGACUGGCUUAAGGACGAUCUGUCCAAAAUUGAAACGGUGACAGAAGAAAACCAGGACUGAUAGCUGGCACGUAGAGGCGAUAAGUAUACUGCCUCUUUGUAGCAAGUAGUGCACUUAGUAGGUAAAUGUUUAAUUUUGAUGUUUAAUAAUCGGAGAGAAAAAAAGUGAGAACCUCUCGGCUUACAGUCUGCCCACUCCCAGUUCCCCGUGCUACAGUCUGUGGUAAACACGGUUGAUGGAAUAUUCCAUAAAUUUAACCUCACCUUUUCCAGGACUCACAACAUGGAGAUCUAGAUAGGUCUCUUCCGUUUGCACGAGACGCCCAGUGGCACAGCUUAUUUUGGUAGGCAGGAUCGUUGCAGACAAAAGGAAGUCUAAAUUUAGUUUAUUUUAACUGAUUUACCUUAUAGAAUGGCUUCUCCUAGAGGAAAUUAUUAAAUAACUACUAGAAAAUGUAAAAGAGAUCAGUGAAUGUUAAGUGUAUAAUCAGAUAUGUGAAGUGUAUGAGAUCGUGAGAAGGACAUACUCAUGUACCAACAGCAGGAAGUGAUGAGCCAUGGAUCUUGGCAGCGGACCUGGGUCUCUCUUAAGGACAGAAGUUGAAGAUUAGCCCAGACUAACUUCGUAAAGGCCUUGCCUGAGAUCAUCAGAAUCAGGCUGAAUACCAGGGCAGCCUGCGCCCACCUGUUCCUACCUUGCAGUACGUCGCAGACCACCAAGUCGGCCUUUUGUCUGAACACCAGUGGCACGAGCCCAAGGAGAGCCAACAUUGGGGGAGGUGCUGCUCAUCCUCACCUCUGAGAAGCAUCCCUGAGGAGUGUGACUCCCUCAUCCACCUGCCUUAGACAGGGAAUGAGGUUUGACAGCCUUUGCCCUAGUCAACUAACCAGAGAAGAGUCGUUCAAGGAUCCUGACUCUGCCUCCCCACCACAAGGCAGCCAGCCAACUCUGUGCCGAGCCUUAGUCUGCCGGACUGUGAGCUCCCUGCAUGCUCCUCUUCUCCAGAGCCAGAUGCGGAGUCCCUGGACUGUCCCAAAUCAAUCCUGUAUGUACCCACCACAUGCAGUUCCUCUUCUGUGAUUUUUUCAGUGAAACUCCACUGAGGACCAGCAAUGAGCCAAGUACUGUGCUGUGCAUUGUGUAUAGAGUUCUUAGCUAUAUUAUGGUUCUUUUCUUCUGAAAAUCUUCUAGUAAGUAAUUUCCAAAAGGGCAUCUUUAAAUGAGGAUUACCAUAAAUGAGUUCUCCAUUUCUGCAUUAGCUGUGUUAGUUGGAAAUAAAUCGUUUUACUAAUGAACCAAAACAAAUCAUUAAAUUAUGUAAAUUCACCUUCUCUGGAAACCUUGAGGUCCAAUAGAGAAGAAGCUUGCUCUCUGGCCCAGAGUAGGCUAACAAUUUUGCUGCCUUCCCCGAAUUGACUCAAUCCUGAGGCCUUAGGAGCCAAUAAAUCCCACUGACUACAGUGAUGGUUGACCAUGGACCAGAAACAUUGGGGUUUUGAAAUCCCUCAAACAUUAUCAUUCUUUAAGGACAAGAGGAUGUUGGCCUUCCUCUCAAAACCUGAAGCCCCCUGAUGAAAGAUUCAGGUCUGAUAUGCUGCCCACACCGCAGUGAGUGUUGAACGAGUUACUCUCUGUCAGGGCCUCCCCAUCAGAGCAAGCAACUCCUCGGAGGGGAAGGUCCACGCUCCAGGCAUGGAGUAUUCUUGGCCGUGGAGAGGAGCCAGGACACUCAGAGGCCAUUGGCUCAGGGCUGCACACAAAGUCCUUGUUGGCAUCUGUGUGGAAGGUCUAGAAAUCUGACGUUAGAGGCUAGAGCUCAUGGACACCUCACUGUCCUCACUUAUAGGAUUAAUAAUGAUAAUGCAUUAAUAAUAAUGCAUACCUCAUAUUGCUGGAAGAAUUAAAGUAGAUGAUAAAAUUAAAGCAUUUAGCACAAUGCCUGACCAAGAGUAUCUUCUGAAUAAAGACUGGCUGUAAUAAUAAUUAUUAUUAAAUAUCACAGUAAUAAAAAUGAAAGACUAAGAUUUAUCAGCAGUGGAUGAAAUCCAUUUUCCAGAAGCAUCUCUGCCGGUAUGUUCCAGUUAGCCCCAUGGCUGGUCCUCGGCAGUAAUUUCAUACGGAGUUGUCUUCUUCUGUUCUCAGUCUGCUUCGCGCCGUGGGAGAAGAUCUCCAGAGACAGGCCCCUGCGCUCGGGCUGAUACCCAAGGCAGGCAGGGCCCUCUCUCCGUCUGCUUCUCUCGACCCUUGGAGAGCCAGUGACCUCCAGAGGCUUGAUUUUUCUUCACCUUACAUUAUACAUAAGAUUAAAUUUAAUUCCAGAUUAAGGGAGACUACAAAGACAUGACCACAUAAUGCAACACCUGAUUCUGGAUUAGGUGUUUUUGUUACAAAAAGCAUUGUUGGGACAAUUCGCACGAUUUGAAUAGGGUCUGAA